UAUCGUAAAGACGUCGACGAAUUGUCAUGUAAACCGAAAUCGUAUCCGUGCUCGACUCGAUCGGCGCAUUCACUUCACACUCCAAGCGCCUUCAAGACUAUUAUGUGCGCACUUCGUUCAAUUGCCAUUUAUCUGUUGGCUGUGUCGCGUCUACUACAAAACCGCACACAACAUUUGAUGUGCAAACAGAUUUUCUAUCCUCGUGUCGACCAAACUGAAAAUCAACAUUUGAAAACUCGAUUGUGAGUGCAUAUCCUUUUGAUCACCGCCGCAUUCGGAAAAGUGUUGAAAAAUUUAUCGAAUUGAACAUAUGUAGUGAUCAAAUUAACGAUUUUUUAUUGAGUGUAAAAUGAUUUGGAUGUGAUUCAAAUAGAAUGUCAUUAUUAAAUGAAUCUAAACAAAAUGACAAAGUGAAAUUAGCACGAAAAAAGAGAGCAUCAUCGUAAAUACUUCCGUGUUUUUGUGAUUAUGACAAAAUCAGUGUCGAAAAACAAUUUCGUAGUGUUGAAGAGAAUAAAAAGAUUUAAUUGUAAAUUAGACGCACAAAGUGUCGAAAAUAAGCGAUUGCAUUUACUGAAUCAUCGAUUCAAAUCGGGUGCAAUAAAACGUCGGAAUUGUUCGGUGAUUUUCCAUAAGCGUUUUGAUUUAAUUGAAUUUAUGAACCGACAACUGACAAUCGGUGAUAAUUGUAGUACAAAUUAUGUAUCAUCAACGAUGGGUGUUUUAUCGCCAGCAACAACAUCGACAUCAAGUUGCAGCAAUGAAGAGGAUCUAUCACAUUUACAAUCGCUACCAUCGUCCACAUCGUCCACCGUUGAUCAUUUUGAACAACACAUUUUAGAACCGAUCUCGCACACUGUUAACGGCAUUCAAAUUACAAAACGUCCAUGUUUAACAUGGGCAUGCAAAGCAUGCAAGAAAAAAACGGUCACAGUCGAUCGUCGAAAAGCUGCCACACUCAGAGAACGACGGAGAUUACGAAAAGUGAAUGAAGCGUUCGAAUUGUUAAAACGGUGUACAAGUGCAACGAAUUCAAAUCAACGACUGCCGAAAGUGGAAAUUCUUCGCAAUGCCAUCGAAUACAUUGAAAAUCUAGAGGAUAUGUUGCAUCAACAUGAAAACGACGUGCAACAGACGAUCAAUGAAACACAAAGUCUAACGUUAAAUAGCAAUAUUGAGUGUAAUACAUUUAAGCAAAGUUCAAACAAUAAUUCAGCAUCUCUAAAAUAUUCGGAGUUUUGGCAACGAUCGCCCGUUUUCAAAGACCGAUCACACAAGCAAAAAGACGCAAACUAUAAAAUAUUGCCAAUUACUGGUUUAUCAUCGUCAGCCCAUGCGAGUGAUGGAAAUGGCACUGCCAGUCUAGAAUAUUUAAAUUUAAUUGUUCAAAGCAUCAAUUCGAGUACACCAAUGUCAUCUCCAAACCAACCGCAAACUCUGCUAUAACGCUUUGAACGACGCCCAAUAAAAUUAAUCACUUUCUUUUCAAAAUCCAUAUAUAUUUUCUCAUGUUAGAAGAAAAUAGAGAGAGAACGAUAGCCCGAGAUCUCUCUGAGAUAGAGAGAGAGAGAGAGAGAGAGAGAGAGAGAGAGAGAGAGUUAGCAAAGUAAGCAUCAGCGGCAGUAUCAUCAGAAGCGGCAAUAGACAGCAUCAUAAUAAUCAUAAUUUUCUUAAAUGAAGAAAAAAAGAACGGGACAAAAAAAAAAUAACGAACAACUCGGGAACUUCUUAGAAGCUAAUGAUACAAAAAUCUAUUUUUGGCAACAACUGCAAAUAAUAUAUGUCGCACAAUAUUAUAAUAAAUGUGUGUGCCCGUACUCGACGAGUACGACAUCCACGACCGUUGUAGAUAGAGAGAAAAAUCGGAAAAAUGUCACGAAAGAAAAACAAAUUGAAGUAAACGGCAAUGCAUUAGACAAGGCGAAAAAUAAAAUGAUAUUUUCUCAGCAAACAAAUCGAAAAUUGUGAAGAAAGAAGAGAGAAUGAGCGAAUGAGGGCGAAAGUGUAUGUGUGAGAAAGAGAGAUGAAAAUGAGAAAAAAGAGAGAUUGAGUGUGUGACAUGCUUGCAAACAAACAAAGAGAUACACUUAAAUAAACAGAAUCAAGAGAUCACAGUAUCUAUUUGAAAACAGAAAAACAGA